GAAUGUUUAAAGCUUCCCAGACUGCCCAGAGAUACAUACCUGGUCUAAAUCAAAGACCAGCUGAUGUACCACAGGAAGAUGUUGUACCUAACAGUCAGAUACCUAAAGAUAUUCCACCAGAGUUAGUUAGAGAUUUCAAGAGUGGAGCUAAACAUCCAGUGAGUGCUUUGAAUGAAUUUUGUGCCUUACAACGGAGGAAAUUAGAAGUAAGAGAAGUUGCAGUUACUGUACCAACACUUAGUGUAUCAUUUGCUAGCCAAUGUGAUGUGGACGGGAAAAAAUUCCCACAGGGGGUUGGAAAAACUAAGAAAGAGGCUAAAACCAAUGCUGCACAUAUAGCACUGAGCAUACUGUUAGGUCUGCAAGAUCACCAUCAAGAUGAAGAAGAAAGUGGAAAUGUGAUAUAUGAUUCUAUGGGAAGAAAGAUAGUAAUGAAAGAUGGUCAUGAGAGAGCUGUAUGUGUCAAUGCACCAUUCACUGCACAGGCUGAGACCAAAGCAGCAGCAGCUUUACAGAAAACACCAGUCCAACAGCUGCAAGAAUACUGUUCACAACGAAGAGUACCAUUUAACAUAGAAGUCAGUGAUCAUCCUGGACCAUUUGGAUUUGAGGCCAUGGUAUAUGUGGAUGAUGAUUUAAUUGCCAAAGAAAGUGCCAGAACUAAAAAAGAUGCCAAGAACCAAGCUGUAUCAGAGGCUUUAUCACUUCUCAUACAGUCUAAUACAUACCCUUCUGUAAAUAAGAUUAUUGAAGAGGACAGAAUAGCUCAACUGUCGUUUAAAGUGUUAAACGAGAAACUAAAAGAUGUUCCAGAAAUAGCCAACGAUAAGAUCUCAUUAGCUGCAUUUCUUAUAAAGAGAGGUGACUCUGAACCACAGGUUGUAGCUUUUGGCACAGGUAACUGUUGUCUAUCUAAGGACAGUCUGACAUUGGAUGGACGAUGUCUGAUUGAUAGCUAUGCUGUAGCGUUGGCAAGGAGGGCACUUCUGAAAUACUUUUUCAAAGAAAUAAAGAGUUUUUGGGAAGGUGGUUCCGGAGCCAAGAUAUUAUCCAUUUUUGAGCAGGAUUUGGAGACAUCAUGUAUGCUGAGGUUAAAAGAACACAUAACCUUACACUUGUUCUUAACAGACCCUCCAACUGGGGACUAUGGUUACUAUGCUGAUUUGAGGCCGUGUACACCAUUAUCUGAGGAGAAACAACAGUUAGUGUUACAAGGAGCUCACUUCCCAAACUUUGCUGAAGAUUUACCUGGCUGGUUUAAUACCAAGAAUGAAGAUGGUGAAGUUUUACCAGUAGAAGAGGACCAAGAACCCCGACAAACUAUGGCUGAUCUAAGUGGUGAUCAUUCGUUAUUACUGAUGACGUGUAGUGAUAAACUGUUACUGUGGAAUGUUGUGGGUGUCCAAGGGGCACUAUUUAGUAACUUUUUACAACCCACAUAUGUAUCUUCCAUUACUGUAGGUCGUCAGUAUGAUCAUGGACAUUUCUCACGUGCUGUGUGUUGUCGUGUGUAUGAUGUCCUAGAAAAGGACCUUCCUAAGGGAUAUCGCAUCAAUCAUCCAACCUUGACAACUUUGUCGACUCCAUAUCAACACCAUGAUGAAACUUUAACACAUUUGUGUAUGGACUGGUCAGUUGAGGACGAAGUGGAAGUCAUUGAUGGUCUGGAAGGUAGAACUGAUCAUAUAUCUCCCCACAAAGCUGGAGCCUCAAAAGCAAGUCGUCUAUGUAAGGCUGGGUUUCUUCAUAGAUAUAAAGAAUUAGCUAAAUUGACUUCCCAGCAUCAACUUCUACAAGUGCCUACGUACUCAGCAGCCAAACAGAUGAACAAAAACUAUCAAAGAGCCAAACAGGCAUUCAGAAAACAUUGUUAUGACAUAGGAAUUGGAAAUUGGGUCGCUAAACCAGUAGAAGUUGAUCAAUUCUCCAAGUGACUCUACAGAAGAUUGUCAAUUACUUACACAAACAGUCUUUCAAGUAAUCAUUAAGAAAUGGAAUGGAUCAUCAAUCAUG